CUUUAUGUUUACAUCAUGGCGGACGAAGAAGAUUUCGAUCUGGAUUUGGAUGAAACCUUUCUCAGCGCAACAAAUUACGUGCGGCGUUGCGCAAAUAGCAUGGCGAGCGAUCAUCUUCUUUAUUUCUAUGGUAGAUAUAAGCAGGCCACUGAAGGGAAGUGUAAUACACCCAAGCCAGGUUUUUUUGAUUUUCAAGGCAAAGCUAAAUGGGAUGCUUGGAACAAGCUUGGAUCUAUGGAUAAAUUAGAAGCAAUGAAGCAGUACGUGACACAACUAACCAACAUAGACCAUGACUGGAGGAAUAAGCUGUCUGCAUCAGGUGAUGAUUCUGGGAAGAAAAAAGCUGCCACAAGUGGUAUGGGUGUGACAGUCAGUGUGAUGGCUCGCACUGAGAGCGAUAUGAGUGACGGGGAAAAAACAGUUUUUGACUGGUGCAAGGAAGGAAACGUUGAAAAAGUCAGAGAAAUUCUUGGUUCAAAUUCUUCCAUUGUUGAUGGUUUAGACGAAGAGGGGCUGGCUCUACUGCACUGGGCUAGUGAUAGAGGUUAUACUCAAAUGGUUGAAUUAUUACUGAAUCUACACGCUGACAUAAAUAUUCAGGAUGUGGACAAACAGACUGCAUUACAUUACGCUGUCUCCUGUGAACACCCAGACAUCAUCAAGCUACUUAUCAAAUACGGAAUAGACACAUCUCUCAAAGAUGCAGAUGGAAACACUGUCAUGGACAUUGCCAGGGAUGCGAAACCUGAUAUAAAAUUAUUAUUGGAGGCGUCAGCUUAAUGCGUAAAAUAUAUAUCAACUCAUCAGUUUACAUGUGACCUCGCACCAUUGAAGUAUAAUGAUUAUGAACAUUCCGAUACCCCUCUUGCCAGGUGUUAAGAAAAAAAAUUUCAUAUAAUUUAUAUUCAUCUAAUCUUCAAAGGAACAAUGAGAAAGGAUUCCUCAUAGUUAUAGUGUGGCUAAAUUUUGUUGACUCCAUGUGAUAAUGUGUAGUGAUUUUAUUAUUUUUAAUAUGUUAAUUAGUAAAAUGCAAUGAAAGCUAUUCUUAACAAGGUUGUCUUAACUUACGAUAACAAGCACCAAUGAGCAUUUAUUAUUUUCUUAUGCAAAUUAUAAAUAAAAUGAUUAAAAUCAAAAUUGAACUUUGUGCUGAAUACAAAGUUUCAACAGUUGAACUUGUGAAUGGUUACAGGGAGAUAACAUUUGUUUUAAAUUUUUGUUAUUUUGUUCUGCUACUAUACUGUAGGAUUGACAAGCUAGGCUGGUUUUGACAUUAUGAUGUAUCAGUAUUUAUGCCUCUUCUACAAGGUUUACAUAGUAGGACAUAAAAAAGAUGGCUUGAUAUGAUGGCUAGAUGAAGUUACAUCUGGUGAAAUAAAAUAAUUUGGGCAUUCUUAACAGAAAACAGUACUGACAUAUCAUAUUAUCUAUAACAUGACAGAAAAGUCAAACAGUAAUUAGCUGGUGUAGAUAAGAUUAUUUUUUACAUUUAUUUAAUGAUUUUAUUUUGCAGUUUAGAUUAAUUUAGUUUAUGUUAUAGUUGCUAUGGUGAUUGAACACCUGACUUGAGAUGUUGAGGUGAUUUGGUUUACAUGUGAUUUAGUGAUUAAAAUCAAAGGAAGAUUUGACUGAUAGAUUUUAAAUAUGAAUAUUUUGGGUCACUUAUGAUGUGGCCAUUUGUUUUGGUAUGUCUGUAAAACCCUUCUGAAGAUUCUCUUGAUUUAAAAUAAAUUAAAAUGACAGCACCCAUCGUACUUAAUGAAUAUUUUUGUUUCUGUCAUAUCAUGUCUAUUUGUGAAUGUUAUGCUUGCUGAAUAUUCUGACAUUGUACCCAGUUGAAUACACUUGUUUACACU